AUGAUUUGUCAAAAUUUCAACAUUUCUUUUUUUGGUGUUGUUACUGUUGUUGUUGUUGUUGUUGUUACUGUUGCUGUUGUUGUUGUUGUUACUGUUGUUGUUGUUGUUACUGUUGUUGUUGUUGUUACUGUUGUUGUUGUUGUUACUGUUGUUGUUGUUGUUGUUGUUGUUGUUACAAG